GCAGCGGCGGCGACAGAGAUAACGGGGGCGGAACACCCCCUGCCCCUCACGGGAGAGCCCCGGCAGCAGGCUGCGCGCAUGCGCGGGAAAGCUGCGCAGGCGCGCUGGGGAGGUGGUGUGUGGCGGCGGGGUGGCAGGAUGAGCUCGGUGCCGGGUUUGCAGGUGGACUGCGAGGAGCUGCUUGGUGCCUUUCAGGAAGCUGACACCGUCCGGUUCGAGCGCUUCGCUGAGCUGUGGCGGGAGCGCCGCUUCCACACCAUUUUCUAUGGUAGAAUAAGAGCGUUGGAGAGGAAUAAGCUCACAAAGAAGACUUUAGAAGUGGCACAGCAGUACUUCUUGCCCCCGUAUGCUUUCCAGAUUCGAGUUGGUGCUCUGUACCUUUUGUAUGGGCUCUAUAGUACACAGCUCUGUCAGCCAAAACAGAAGAUCAGAAUCGCUCUAAAGGAUUGGCCUGAAAUCCAUAAAUUUCAACAGGAUCUGAUAAACUCCCAGCAUUAUGACGCAGCAUACAUUUUUAGGGCACUGCGACUUGCCAGAGCGUUCCAUUUCACAGCAAUGCCAAAGCUUCUAAACUACAGAACUAAGAAGAAGAUUCAGGAAAACGAAUUUAAAGAAGAAUUUAAGGAGCCGAGUAACAGAGUAAACAGCCUUAUCACUAAUGAUGUAUUGGAGGAACUGAUGAAUAUUCAUGACCACUAUCAGAAAAUGAAGUGUGUCAUUUCAGCUGACAAAUCCCAGCCAGACAAGGCUCUGAGCUUGAUAAAAGAUGAUUUUGUAGCUACUCUUAAAGAUAUAACCUUGGAACAUCAGGAAUGGCAGCAGAACAGAAUGAAAUUAUUCCUAAAUGCUAAAGAAACCGAUGAAAUGCUAAAUAAAAAGGAACAAGGGAAUCUGCUAGAAUCAGAGGGUUCUGAAAGAGCAAAUGCUUUGGCUAGGAUCAAAUACAAGUCUUAUUCUGCGGUUGUUGAGGCUUCCAAAUCCAGAAGACAUCGACAAGUAAAAUUGGAAUCUUCUGAAUCAGGAUCGAAUUACGGGAAAUCUCCAAGCCGAAGUAAAAAAGCCAGUAGGAGACCACAGCUAGCAAGGAAAAGAGAUUCUUUGGGAAUCAAAGGUGAAAUGCAAGUGGCAAAGGAAACUGUUACUCAGCAUAUUGGAAUGCCUGUAAUCACAGAAGAAAACUCAGAUGAAGAAGAAGUAUCUCUUCCCAAGAGGAAAAGAAGAUGUUAGAGGAUCCAGUUGGAGAAAAGCUAACAUUAAUUUUAAUGACAAAAUGUUAAUGUCAGAGGUAACACAAAAUGCUUGUUUUGGAUGUCUUUGAAUGUACAACAAGAGGCGUCUGGGACCAGAAAUACAGGUGAUGCUGGAAUACCGGUAGCAUGUGGUAUACCUUAGCUGCCUCUUGGUACAGCCUCUGGUGCCUUUUGUUUACCUGGUGAAUGCUUCUUUUGGGAGACAAAGUUGCUGUGCUCUGUUUGAGAUUGAAAGAGAACAUGGUUGCUUGUUGUAUUUAGUUUGUAUAAUGUGAGUUAUUGCUUGGAACUCAGGUUGAUCUAAAAUGAUGGGUUUAGCUGAGACACUAAAAGAACAGCUCACAAUAUUUCCCCAAAUGAGACAUGUUUGUAAUCUUUUGUCUCUGAACAUAAAAUUAAGGUUAUUGACUGUUGAAAAUUAGUACAAUAAAGUAUUUUUCACGGUUUGCUUGCUCCAUUUUAUAGUGUGUAACUUCAGCAAUGUUUAUUGUGGUUUGAUCCCACAGGUGCAGGAAGUGUACUUGAUGAUAAGCCUUUUAUUAUACUCUGUCUCCAGCAGAUACGGAAUCAUUGUGUAUUCAAAUAAAGAAAUGUAAAGUGUA